GCCCAAGGUAUCAUGCAGGUAAGUUACAUACAGGGGUCCAGAGAAGGAAAGAGACAGUCUCGGCAAACACCGGAAACGCCAUCACAGAAUCCAGAGUUCUUUGAGCCCGCCCUCUUGAUCAAUGGUGGUAACGAUAAGUGCUUAGUGUGGGCCAACCAUGCGAACGUCCUUCCAAUGGUCUUGCCCGUAUUGUUGGCUCUGUCCCUCAUUUUCACGACAGCCAAUUGCUACUGGAGCUUGUGGCCCUUCGUGUCCAACCAUGCCCCAAGAAGACCUACCAGCAAAUGUACCGGGCGACAGCAUGCAGCCUGGCAAAUGCUUCUGUACCUCAGGUCUCAGGAACAGACGAUGGCUCGUUGCGGCAACCAGGCCUAGGCUGACUACUAUACAGGUAUCUUCAUUUCUCACCUCUUUGCAUCUUCUGACUCUUGCUUCAAGCUGCAUUCACGCUCAAAUCUUCUUCGUCACUUAUUGCGUCGUCUGCCGCCUCAUCUUACCUUCGAUCCAUCACACUGAUGCAGACCAUGACACGCUCGAUAAUUCUCUCUCAUGGUAUCAGCUCCAUCAGUAUCGUAUAUCCCGGCUCGGCUCAUCCGCACGUUGUAGACUUCUUUCGUUUUCAGCGGUUUGCAUGUACGCACUACGAAAUACACUGGAUCCUAUCUAUUACCUUGCUAAAUGACUGGUAUGAGUGAUACAAGAGUCGCAAGGCUGGGUCAGCAUCACAAGGCACUCUGACACUCGUAUGUCUGCUCCACACUGCUUACCAGCAAUAUAAGCCAUGGUGAGCCA